CGCGGCCCGGCGGCCCGGCGGCCCGGACGCCUUUUGUCUGUCAGCCGCAGGCCGGGGCGGAACCGGGGGCGUCCGCGGGCCGCGGGCUGCUCCCACCCGCGCCUCCCGGGGGCGGAGGCAGGAAGGCCCGGUGCCCUGUUUGCGUUUGUCAUCCUCGCGUCCUUAACCCCUCGGCUGCCGGCGCGACCCGGGGCGCGGCUGGCCCGGGCUCCGGAGGCCACGGGGGCUUGCGGGGUGAGGAGUUGGUGGGCGCCCUGCGGGGAAUGCGGGCAAGCCAGAAAAAUGCGUUUGUGCAAAAUGUCGGGGUGGCCUCCAACUGUUUGAACAGGCCAAACCUGAUUUUUUUUUUUUUUCGGAUUACCAGGUCCUUGCAUCCGUGGACAAGUACGCUGUUAGCGUGACAUUUUGCACUAAGAUAACUUCCUUUGUUUUAUUCCAGCCACUUGCAGAAGUUCCUUGUUUCCCUGUGUGUUAAGAGGGCAGACCUGUGAACAGGCUCAGGAAGAAAACCUGCUCCUCCGAAAAUGCCUUUUAUGAGAAUGCUGUGAAGACUGAGAUGGUGCUAACAAUGUCCUGUGAUUCCUGCCACCUAAGAAACCUCCCCAGCAGUCCCUGCCUGGCACCUGCCUCAGUGCCCGACACUGGCAGCUGUCUCCACCUGACCCAGUGCCCUGCACAGGAGCAGAGCCGCCUGCCCGCUCUAUGAGUCUCUGCUGCUCCCCUGGGGGUACCUCUCCUAGGACUCGUCCUCAGAAACGGACUCACACUUGGAAGCUGGAGUAGUUUGUAUGACUCAAAAGAUUCGGCUUUCUUCAGUUUUCAGAUGUGUUAUCUUGUCUGCAUACUUGAAACACACACCAUUCACAUGAACUGCAGAACCACAGAGCUAUGUGGCCAGCGCAGGGAGGUUCAGAGUGGCAGGUUGUGGCCCCAGGUAACACUUCUGCCAUCCCAGGACUGAACUGAUGUCUCUUCCAGUGAAGCCAGGACAAGGCCACCAAGUCAAACCAUGCACGUCCUGUUGCCCAGUGGGCUCUGCUGUCGACUGUGACGCGGCUUGGUCUCUCUGCCAGUGGAGAGCAGCGCACUGUGCAGCCCAGGGCCUGAUGGCUGCAGGGACCAAGGUUAGUGUGCCAAGCGUCUAGCCAGUGGGGACACCAGGAAGGCCGUGAUGACUGACCCCGGGGAGGAGAAAGUAUGCAGGAUGGCUCAGACGAGCUUGCUGCAGGGAAAGCCCUUCUACUGUCGAGAGUGGGUUUUCCACCGGCUGCAGCAUUGCCUCCAGGAGAAGACCAGCUGCUGCCACAGUGCUGGCAACACCCCGGCCCCGCCCGGGAAUUCUGGGAAUAACACUGGGACUGCCCCUGCCAAGGGAGGCGCCUGGGGUGUGCUCCUGGUCGGAGGCCCUGGCAGUGGCAAGACGGCCCUAUGCACUGAGCUGCUAUGGCCCAGCUCGCCCAGCAGCACACAGCGAGGCCUGCACCGCCAGGCUCUGGCCUUCCACUUCUGCAAGGCUCAGGACGCGGAGACUUUGUGUGUGGGAGGCUUCAUCCGUGGCCUAGUGGCCCAGAUCUGCCGCAGCGGGCUGCUCCCAGGAUAUGAGGACAAGCUGAGGGACCCCGCGGUGCAGAGCCUGCUGCAGCCUGGGGAGUGUGAGAGAAACCCCGGCGAAGCCUUUAAAAGGUGUGUUCUGCUGCCACUCCUGGGCAUGAAACCCCCGCCGCAGAGCCUGUUCGUGCUGGUGGACUCAGUGGAUGAGGGCUGCGGUGUGGCAGAGGGUGAGCAUGCAGCUGCCAGCUUCUCCGGAACCGUCGCUGAGCUGCUGGCCUCCCACCACGACUUCUUCCCCCCGUGGCUGCUGCUGCUCUGCUCAGCCCGCAAACAGAGCAAGGCCGUGACCAAGUUGUUCCCAGGUUUCCGGAAGAUCAGCCUCGAUGACCUCCGAAAGGCCUACAUCGUGAAGGACGUGCAACAGUACAUCUUGCACCGCCUAGACCAGGAGGAGGCUCUGCGCCAGCACCUCACCAAGGAGACAGCGGAGAUGCUCAACCAGCUGCACAUUAAGAGCAGCGGUUGCUUCCUCUAUCUGGAGCGGGUUUUAGAUGGAGUCGUGGAGAGCUUCAUCAUGCUCAGAGAGAUCCGUGACAUCCCGGGCACGCUCAAUGGGCUCUAUCUCUGGCUGUGCCAAAGACUCUUUGUGAGAAAACAGUUUGCAAAGGUCCAACCCAUUUUGAAUGUGAUUCUUGCAGCCUGUCGACCUUUGACAGUGAUGGAGUUGUAUCAUGCAGUAUGGACCAAAAACAUGUCCCUCACAUUGGAAGACUUCCAGCGCAAGCUAGACGUCCUCUCCAAGCUUCUCGUUGACGGCCUCGGCAGCACAAAGAUCCUUUUCCACUACAGCUUCGCCGAGUGGCUGCUGGACGUGAAGCACUGCACCCAGAAGUACCUGUGCAAUGCUGCGGAGGGGCACCGCAUGCUGGCCAUGAGCUACACCUGCCAGGCUCGGCACCUCUCUGCCCUGCAGGCACAGGAGUUUGCCUUGCACUUGGUCAACUCCAACCUGCAGCUGGAGCCUGCCGAGCUGGCACUCUGGAUGAUCUGGAAUGGCACGCCAGUCCGCGAUGCCCUGUGUACCCUCAUCCCCAAGGAGCAGGAGGUCCUGCAGCUGCUGGUGAAGGCUGGCGCCCACGUUAGCAGCGGGGACGAGCGCGCCUCAGGUAUUGUACGGCAGGCCCUGGAGAGGGAGGACUCCAUCCGGACCCUGCUGGACAAUGGUGCCUCUGUCAACCAGCGUGACUCCAACGGGCGGGCGCUGCUAGCCAAUGCCGCCUACAGCGGCAGUCUGGACGUUGUCAACCUCCUGGUGUCUCGGGGGGCUGACCUGGAGGUGGAGGACGCUCAUGGGCACACGCCACUGACGCUGGCUGCGAGGCAGGGCCACACCAAGGUGGUGAAUUGUCUGAUUGGGUGCGGCGCCAACAUCGACCACACUGACCAAGAUGGCUGGACGGCGCUGCGGUCCGCUGCCUGGGGUGGCCACACCGAGGUGGUCUCCGCCCUGCUUUACGCAGGUGUCAAGGUGGACUGUGCAGAUGCUGACAGCCGCACUGCUUUGAGGGCGGCGGCCUGGGGUGGCCACGAGGACAUCGUGCUGAACCUGCUGCAGCACGGCGCAGAGGUCAACAAAGCCGACAACGAGGGCAGGACGGCGCUGAUCGCAGCAGCCUACAUGGGCCACCGGGAGAUCGUGGAGCACCUGCUGGAGCACGGUGCUGAAGCCAACCACGAGGACGUGGACGGCCGGACAGCACUCUCUGUGGCUGCACUCUGUGUGCCUGCCAGCAAGGGCCACGCGUCCGUUGUCAGCCUCCUGAUUGACCGAGGGGCAGAGGUGGACCACUGUGACAAAGACGGCAUGACCCCACUGCUGGUGGCCGCCUACGAGGGCCAUGUGGAUGUGGUGGACCUGCUGCUUGAGGGGGGUGCCGAUGUGGACCACACAGAUCACAACGGCCGCACGCCCCUGCUGGCGGCAGCCUCCAUGGGCCAUGCGUCAGUGGUGAACACGCUGCUGUUCUGGGGCGCCGCCGUGGACAGCAUCGACAGUGAGGGUCGCACGGUGCUCAGCAUAGCCUCUGCACAGGGCAACGUGGAGGUGGUGCGCACCCUGCUGGACCGGGGCCUGGACGAGAACCACAGGGAUGAUGCGGGCUGGACGCCACUGCACAUGGCGGCCUUCGAGGGCCACAGGCUCAUCUGCGAGGCACUCCUGGAGCAGGGUGCCCGCCCCAACGAGAUGGACAAUGAUGGCCGCAUCCCCUUUAUUCUGGCCGCCCAAGAGGGCCACUAUGAUUGCGUGCAGGUCCUGCUGGAGAGCAAGUCGGCCAUUGACCACCGUGGCUAUGAUGGCCGGAAUGCCCUGCGGGUGGCGGCCCUGGAGGGGCACCGUGACAUCGUGGAGCUGCUCCUCAGCCAUGGAGCCGAUGUUGACUAUAAGGACGCUGACGGCCGGCCCACACUGUAUAUCCUGGCACUGGAGAACCAGCUGGCCAUGGCUGAGUACUUCUUGGAGAACGGCGCUGAUGCCGAGGCCAGCGACGCGGAAGGCAGGACAGCACUGCACGUCUCAUGCUGGCAGGGACACCUGGAUAUGGUACGGGUGCUCCUGGGCCACCAGGCCGAUGUCAACGCCGCUGACAGCGAGAAGCGCUCGGCCCUGCAGUCGGCAGCCUGGCAGGGCCAUGGAAAGGUGGUGCGGCUGCUGCUGGAGCGUGGUGCUGGGGUGGACCAUACCUGCAACCAGGGUGCCACUGCGCUCUGCAUCGCAGCCCAGGAGGGCCACCUGGACGUCGUGCAGGUGCUGCUGGAGCGUGGUGCCGACCCCAACCACGCUGACCAGUUUGGCCGCACAGCCAUGCGUGUGGCAGCCAAAAAUGGCCACUCGCAGAUCAUGAAACUCUUAGAGAAGUAUGGUGCCUCGAGCCUCAACGGUUGCUCCCCAUCCCCCGUGCACACGAUGGAGCAGAAGCCCCUCCCAUCAGCCUCGGCCAAGGGGCAGGCGCUGACCAUCAAGUCCAGCAGCUCAGGGAGCACGGGUGGGGGUGAUGCGCCGCCCUCUCUGCGUGGCCUGCCCAGCGGCCCGGCCCACGCCUUCAGCUCCCCGUCCGAGUCGCCUGACUCCACUGUGGAGCGCCACAAGUCGUCACUGUCGAACAACUCCCUCAAGAGCUCCCAGAACUCUUCACUGCGGACCACGUCCUCCACAGCCACGGCGCAGACAGUGCCCAUGGACAGCGUGCCCGGCCUGUCCUUCACGGAGCAGAUCCAGCAGCACUCCCUGCCUCGCUCUCGCAGCCGCCAGUCCAUCGUGUCCCCCUCCUCCACCACACAGUCCCUGGGCCCCAGCCACCGUUCCCCUAGCAGUGAGUUUGAGUGGAGCCAGGUCAAGCCCAGCCUGAAGUCCACCAAGAGCAGCAAAAGUGGGAGAGCCGAUGGCGUGGGCAAGGCGGGCUCUGCAGGCAGAAAGACCAAAGCCAGCCACUCGACACAGCCAAAGGUGCUAGAAUACGAAAUGACCCCCCUCGAUGCCAGGGGCCUCCCUGCCCAGACUGGGAGUGGGGGCCCCCACAGAAUGGCUUCCUCAGACCCUCCCUGCCAAGUGGUCAUCCCGCCCGCCCCACAGGACGUGGGGCGCUCCCAGCAGCAGCUGCUCAUCCAGCAGCAGAGUGGGGAGCAGAAGAAGAGAAACGGCAUCAUGACCAACCCCAACUACCACCUGCAGAGCACCCAAGUGUUCCUGGGGCGCGUGUCUGUGCCCCGCGCCGUGCCCGACCGGGGGCGGCAGGAGGUGCCUGAAGGCUUCCCGCCCUCCGACACAGAGCUCAGCCUGAAGCAGGCGCUGAAGCUGCAGCUCGACAGCUCCGACCCCAGCUUCAACUACAAGAAGGAGACGCCCUUGUGAGUGUCCUCUUCCGUGAAACGUGUGGCAUCAUGGCCGGAGCAGUUCUGCAGUACUGGACAGAAACCUGGUGCAGGUUGGUGAGAGGAAGAAGCAGGUCUCGAGAGUUUUCUGUGGUUGUGACAUGCCUCCCGCCCGAAGCUGGUUGCUUCUCUGUGUCACCACUGGGCUCAGGCCUCUCUGUGUGCUUGGACCCACCACUAGGACUCAGCACUUUUUUAUGUAGGUAUGAACUGCAGUGCCCGAGAAACGCUGAAAAAGAUUUGAGUAUUUUAAGUUAAGAUUUGAUAAACGUGCAUGUGCCAUGAUCAAACACAUAUGAAAAGUGUUCUUGUAUUUAUUUUUUUCCUCUUGUGGCACCUACACGUGCACAUUCUGUUUGUUGCGUCUGCCCUGUCUGUUUGGUCUGUUCCUUGUGUAUCUUUGCAAGUGUUGCUCAAUAAAGGAAAUCGCACAUGUCUUUUGAUGUUCACUGCACCAUCAGCCUGGGCUUAAAGUGAGUUUCCAGUCAAUGCCACCUCAAGGUUUUUUUUAAAAAAAAAAAUGGUUUCUGGACAGAAGGUGUCAGAUUUCUCAGACUUCCAGGAGCAGCUCUGGUCUGCGAGUUGAAUUUGGACUUUCCAGUAGAACGUUCCAGGUCUCCCAAGUUCCCAUGCUGGCCAGAGCCAGACCCCCUUGGCUCCUGAUCCUGAGCAUGGAGCCUCAAGGACAUGGCCUGGCACAGUCCUGUGGGCAGGUGGUGCCCGGGGUCCCCUGACCCAGUUCUGGGCCGCCCUCUCUGUUUGAUGAGCUUGAUUUUAUAUGUGAACAUCCACACUUGCUUUGCACCCAGCUGUCCCUAGCUCAUAAAUCCCUGCACCGUCAUAGGCGUUCCCUCAGCAUCCCCUCAGCGCAUCGAGUCCAUGCAAUGGGGAGUGGGGUGUAUCCCCCCCAUGCCGCGCAGGCUCCUAGCUGCUCCCAUAACAAGAGUGAGGGGGUUGGACUCGCUGCCUUCUUCCCGGCCUUCUUUGGACCAUUGCUCAGGGGAUGGUGGAUAGGUCUGAGAAGGCAUCUGUCCUCAGGGAAGUGGAGCGGUCUAUUCCCAGGAGCUCCAGCCCCUGCCUGCACCCCGCAGGGCCAUGCUGGCCUCUGUGCCCAGAGUGACUGGACUUGGUUGUGCAGAGGCCCAGGCAUGGGCAUUGGCCAUGGAGGAGCCCUGAGGUGCUGUUGAUAGCUCGUGCUGCUGAGGGGUGGGGACGAUGGCAGAGCUUUGGAGACUGACUGCUGUCCUCCUUGGAGUGUCUCCUGGGGUCUAGGUGCCGGGGGGACGGGCUUCCACUCUGCUUCAUGGGACAUGAGUGGAAGGUGUCGCUCUUGCGUUUGUCUCACUGCACCGGUAGCCUGUCCUUUCAGUGGCAUCAGAAAUAAGAGCUGGGCUGUGUGUUUGCAUGCUGUGGUGCCACGGAAAUACUGAUAACUCGAAUAUGAAUGUUGCAGGUAUUGGGUUUUGUCCCUAUGGGACAUUUGGUAAUACAUUUAAUAGGAUUCUUGCAAAGCAGCCUUAAAAGUGUUGACGAUCCUAUUAAUAAAUCCGAACACAAGCUAUUUUGAACCAACUUAACUCACAUCACAAAUGCCAUCUGCUUAUGUCACUAUAGAAGGUGAAGCUCUUGUUUGUUCCAGUAUUUUUCUUUAGGAAGAGAAUCCUGAAAGCUGCCCGUUUUUCUGUUAACUUUGAACUAUUGUAUUUAUUUAACUUUAUUGUUCUUACAAAAGCACACCUUGUGGCCAGAGGGCAGAGCUAUAACUCCUUAUGUGAGGGAUGAUGAUCUUCAGAAAAUUCGAGGGUUUGUGUCCAUGCCACAAACACUUGAAACAGUGCUUGAAAGGAGCACUGUUGGGGUGAGUCGCACUGACUCUUCACAAGUCGGUGUUUCUGCUUUGAAACAGGACAGGGAGGGCUGUAAGCAAGGUCAGGUCAGUGAAGAGUGCUGGGCGCGCCCCUCCCACCUCUCGGUGUGAAUCGGAAGCAAACUGUUUUUGACAUAAGAUGUUCAGAUUUUGUAAAUCACCCGCUCAACUACGGGAUCCUUGUGCAUAAAACAUCGGUGUUACAUUCCACUGUGCCCAUUGUUGAGAAAGACGGAAGUAAUGAAAAUGCAGGAAUGAAAACUGAAAACUCCAGGUACUUACAGGAAGGAAGGGUGACGGAAGUCUGUGUGCACUGUGAGCACGACCAGUGUCACUGUCUGCUGUCCUUUACCUGUCCUUGUCAUUCCUCCCCAACACUUCAUGUACACUGAAGUGUACAUGUUCCCACCCCGUGUACACUUCAAACACAACCAGCCCUCCCUUCGCCCCUGUCCCAGCCCCUCCCUGUAUACACUGCGAGCACAGCAUCCCCUCCUGUCCCUGUCCCUGUCCUGCCCCCGGUCCCUCCCCAUGUACACUGCGAGUACAGCCAUCCCCUCCUGUCCCUGUCCCUGUCCUGCCCCCAGCUCCUCCCCGUGUACACUUCGAGCACAGCCAUCCCCUCCUGUCCCUGUCCUGCCCCCGGCCCCUCCCCGUGUACACUUCGAGCACAGCCAUCCCCUCCUGUCCCUGUCCUGCCCCCGGUCCCUCCCCGUGUACACUGCGAGCACAGCCAUCCCCUCCUGUCCCUGUCCCUGUCCUGCCCCCGGUCCCUCCCCGUGUACACUGCGAGCACAGCCAUCCCCUCCUGUCCCUGUCCUGCCCCCGGUCCCUCCCCGUGUACACUGCGAGCACAGCCAUCCCCUCCUGUCCCUAACCCUGUCCUGCCCCCAGCUCCUCCCUGUGUACACUGCGAGCACAGCCAUCCCCUCCUGUCCCUGCCCCUGUCCUGCCCUCGGUCCCUCCCCAUGUACACUUCGAGCACAGCCAUCCCCUCCUGUUCCUGUCCCUGUCCUGCCCCCGGUCCCCCAUGUACACUGUGAGCACAGCCAUCCCCUCCUGUCCCUAACCCUGUCCUGCCCCCGGUCCCUCCCCGUGUACACUGCGAGCACAGCCAUCCCCUCCUGUCCCUGUCCCUGUCCUGCCCUCGGUCCCUCCCCGUGUACACUGUGAGCACAGCAUCCCCUCCUGUCCCUGUCCCUGUCCUGCCCCCAGCUCCUCCCCGUGUACACUGCGAGCACAGCAUCCCCUCCCGUCCCUGUCCGGCCCCCAGCUCCUCCCUGUGUAUACUUCGAGCACAGCCAUCCCCUCCUGUCCCUGACCCUGUCCUGCCCCCAGCUCCUCCCUGUGUACACUGCGAGCACAGCCAUCCCCUCCUGUCCCUGUCCCUGUCCUGCCCCCAGUUCCUCCCUGUGUACACUGCGAGCACAGCAUCCCCUCCUGUCCCUGUCCCUGUCCUGCCCCCGGUCCCUCCCCAUGUACACUGCGAGUACAGCCAUCCCCUCCUGUCCCUGUCCCUGUCCUGCCCCCAUGUACAAUGGGAGCACAGCCAGCCCCUCCCUCCUGUCCUUGUCCCCCCCCCCCACUCCCGCGGUUGUUCCUGUCUUCAAGCCUAGGAGCCAACCCUCUUCUCAGUAUUGUUCGACUAUGCAAAUGUUUAUUUUGCUUCUCGCCUCCAUUUAUACUUAUCCAAUGUGGUCACAGAUGAUUGCUUCCUUUUAAUUUUUCCCUUGGUUUGGGGUAUGUAAAUAAUCUAAAAUGUACAUUGAAUUUCACAUUGUAAGAGUUUUAUUUUAUUCCUUGUACUAUAUUCAGCAAAAAUCCCUGUGUAUAUGAAAGUGCAUAAUAAAUAUAUUUGCUUUACAGAG